AUGCAUAGCGUAUCCCUCGGAGAGACUCCCUCCACCUUCAGGCUUCAGAAGGUCAGCAUUGCAGGCGCACUCCUUUUAGCUGCCCUGUAUAUGCCCAGGAUUCCAAUGGCGGCCGCGGAUCCCUUCCGCUCGCUCUACAACGCCACCAAACGGCACCGCUCACAGCACGGCUGCCUCGCGUACACAUUCGAAGACGGCCCCAAUCUAGUUGCGCUUGUCCAGAAGUUGCGCCCGAACCGCGUGCUGGAACUAGGCACGGCGCUUGGGUACACCGCGUGCAUCUUUUCUACAGGAAGGCCGACCACAAAAGUUGACACCGUCGAGCGCGACCCAGAGCACGUGCGGCUGGCGCGCGAGAAUGUGGCGUCCGUCGGGUUAACGGAGCGCGUCAAAGUGAUCGAGGGCGAUUUCAACCAGGUUUUACCCAAGCUACCGGCGGCAGGGUAUGACGUUGCCUUCUUUGACGGGUAUGCGCCGAGUAUGGACAUCAUCGACACGCUGAGGACAAAGUUGAGUGGGGAGGGAACGCUGAUCUGCGGGAAUCUGGGGCUGGUUAGCGAUUCAGCGGAGUCGCGGCGGCUGUCAAAAGAGCUGGCGGAUAAGAGCAGGUGGCUUACAGAGUGGGCGCUGGAAGGGGGGGCGACAGCGGUUGCAAAGAAAGUCAACGGGCAGCAGUAGGGCGGCGCACGCCUUUUCCUAAUUAAUUCCGAAGCGGCAUACCCCAGUUUUCAGUCAAACUGAUUGAGUACUGGGGAUAUGUGAUGCCUGAUGCACAUAUUUUCCUGAAGCCUAUCUGAUGAUGUGGACCCUUCCAGCGCCUGUGUAGCGUGCAGUAGCUGCGACAGAACUGCUAACCCUUUCUUUGAUUGUUCCAGAAAGCACGCUGUAUUUGUAGAGAACUGGUUAGAUAAAUCAAACUUGUGUCACACAACAUUCUUCAAAUUAAGUGCUUGGAUCAAGGGUUGCAAAAGGGGAGAUGGGGAGGGGAGGGAUCCGGGAAGGGG